AUGAAUUCUCUAUUAUUAAAAACCACUACUCGGUUAUCACGAGUCAAUUUAUUUUCCAUCCCACAACGAACACUGUUCGAUGUACAAAAUGUAUGGGGUCGUACAGCCGUUGAUACUCAAAAACCAAUCGAUUCGAGUCCUCUAGCAGAAAUUCCAAGACAAGAUGAAUCGGUUGGUGCCAUAUCCGGUGUACCUCGAGAAUUUCUUAAAGAACGCCGUUGCCGAGUAUUUGUACCAGCUCGUAAUGCUAUGCAAUCAGGAACGAAUAAUGGAAAAAAAUGGAAAGUUGAAUGGGAUACAAAAGAACGUUGGGAAAAUCCAUUGAUGGGCUGGGCAUCAUCAUCUGAUCCUCAUUCAUCCGUUGCAGUUGAAUUCACUUCUAAAGAAGAUGCAAUUGUCUAUUGUGAACGAAUGGGUUACAAAUAUGACGUUAUUGAACCACCAAAAAUCCAACGCUUAAACAAAAGUUAUGGAGCGAAUUAUUCUUGGAACAAGAAAACUCGUGUUUCAACCAAAUAA